AUGAUUUCACAAGAACCAGCUGAAAUUGUAGAAGCUGAAGAACAAAUAAGUUCAGAAGAGCCAGUUGAAGUUGUAGAAGCAGAAGAACAGAUACCUAGUGAAAUAGACGAAACCACAGAACAAAUACCUUCAGAAGAGUCAGCUGAAGCUGUAGAAACCGAAGGACAGCUAUCUGGUGAUGAAGUAACCAACAUUUCGGUGCCAACACUAGCUAAAGAAUCAGAAGAAACUACAGAAAUCGAAGUACAAGCAAAUGAUAAAGAAAUACCUGAAGCUGCAGAAGACAAAAAGCAGACUCCAUCAUCCGAAGCCAUAGAAGAUCAAGAACAGAUAUCCUAUGAAGAAACGAUUAAAGCUACAGAAAGUGAGGUAGCUGCUGAGGAAUUGCAUGAAAAUCUUCAAUCUGGAGAACAGGUACCCGUAUCUAGUGAACUAACAACGGAAGUUGUGGAACCUGAAGAACAAGCGCAUAAGGAGGAAUUAACCGAAGCUGCAGAAACUGAAGAACAGAUAGCUGUAUCUAGUGGAGAAAUAACUGAAGCUGUGGAAGCUGAAGAACCUAAGGAACCAGUUGAGGUUGCAGAGACUGAAGAAAUGGUACCUGUAUCUAGUAAAGAAAUAGCUGCAGUUGUGGCACCUGAAGACCAAACACCUGAGAAAGAAUCUGUUGAAAUUAUAGAAAAUGAAGAACAGACACCUACGGAAGAAUCAAUUGAGACUGCAGAAAUUGAAGAACAAGUACAUACCAAAGAAUCAGCUGAAGUUAUUGAGAUUAAGGAACAAUUGCAUGAUGAAGGAGCUACUGAAGAACCAGCUGAAGAGGUAGAACUUAGUGAAGAAACAGCUCCUGCAAAAUCGUCUGAGGUGAUAGACUCUGAAGAACAAACACUUCCUAAAGAAGCCAUUGAAGAGCCAGUCAUGGUUACAAGUGAGAUACAGCCUGAGGAUGAGCAAGGCAGUCAAGAAGUGACAACGGUGGCUGAUAAUAACAAACAAAUGGAAGUAAACGAAAUUAAGGCUGAAGAAACAGUUGAGACUUCAUCUCGUCAGCAGUUAUCAGACGUAAAUAGUAAUGAUAAUGACAAAGAAGUGACAAUAAAUGGAAAGGCAGACUCAUUGGUCGUAGUAGCAAAAGAAUCACAGUCUGCAGAUCACAAGACAGCUACCACGAUAUCAAAAGCUAAUAAAGAGCACUCACCUCAAUCUGUGGCAACAGCAGAUUCGAGAGAGAAGAAUACAGAUUCACAGGAAUCAGGUGCUACUGGUUACCAAAAACGAGAGAAAACACCCGCAAAUCUAGAAGAAAAUCCAUUAAGAAAGCAUUUGUAA